AGACAGCGGUCGGAGCAGAGAUCUCCAAUAGAUAAACACACGGACACACACACACCGGCCGGCAGCACACAGACGAAACCAGACUCAGCUAACAAGGGGGGAAUGUGGAUACUGUGUUUUUGAUGAGCAUUUCAAAGGGAGCGUUUUGGUUCUAUGGUGUUAUUCAGUGUGAAAGCAGCCGUUGGUAGAGCAGGAGGAGGAUAAGGAGGAAGGCAAGGACAGCAUCCUCUCCAUCGCGGAUGACGGUUCACCCGGGGGCUGUUGGAGGAUGAUGACGAGUGCCUGAGAGAGCUGUGUGUUUCUGUCUGCUCUUCGCUUCCCUCGACUCGCUCGGCUACGAUGGACCUCAGUGGGGAGAGACCGAACCUGUUCUGAGAUAGCCCUAUGAACCGCAGACCAAAUGGAUAUCAAAGGCCAGUGCUGGACAGACGAGGAGUCUGACGGGGAGAACGAGUCGGAGCAGUUCCUGUACGGAAUCCAGGGGAGCUGUGCUGCUGACCUGUACCGCCACCCUCAGCUCGAUGCUGACAUCGAGGCCGUGAAAGAUAUCUACACCGACAGUGCUGUCUCCGUGAGGGAGUAUGGCACCAUCGAUGACGUGGACAUCGAUCUCCAAAUCAACAUCGGUUUCUUAGACGAGGAGGUUGCUACAGCCUGGAAGGUGAUCAGGACAGAGCCCAUUAUUCUGAGACUGCGUUUCUCUCUGUCUCAGUACCUCGAUGGACCAGAGCCGUCUGUGGAGGUGUUCCAGCCCUCCAACAAAGAGGGCUUCAGUCUUGGCCUUCAGCUGAAGAAGAUCCUGAGCACCUUCACCUCCCAGCAGUGGAAACACCUCAGCAAUGAGUUCCUGAAGGCCCAGCAGGAGAAGAGACACAGCUGGUUCAAAGCUGGAGGAACCAUCAAGAAGUUCAGAGCGGGCCUCAGCAUCUUCUCCCCCAUCCCCAAGUCGCCCAGCUUCCCCCUGAUCCAGGACACGGUGCUGAAGGGCAAACUGAGCGUCCCGGAGCUCAGAGUGACCCGGCUCAUGAACCGCUCCAUCUCCUGCACCAUGAAGAACCCUAAAGGAGAGCUGUUCAGCUACCCGCCCAGCAGCCAGACCGUGGCUGUCCCGGCGGCCAGAGCCCCAGCGCAGAUCACCACCCGGCAGCUGAUUGAACUGUUUUUCUCAUCCCAGGCCGGCGGCCACUGCAAGAACAUCCCCACCCUGGAAUAUGGCUUCUUAGUGCAGAUAAUGAAGUACUCGGAGCAGAGGAUUCCCACGCUCAACGAGUACUGCGUGGUGUGUGACGAACAGCACGUCUUCCAGAACGGGUCCAUGCUGAAGCCUGCUGUUUGUACCAGGGAACUGUGUGUGUUCUCCUUCUACACGCUGGGUGUGAUGUCCGGGGCUGCUGAGGAGGUCGCCACUGGGGCAGAGGUGGUUGACCUUCUGGUGGCCAUGUGCAGAGCUGCUCUGGAGUCUCCUCGUAAGAGCAUCAUCUUCGAGCCCUACCCCUCCGUGGUCGACCCCAAUGACCCCAAGACUCUGGCCUUCAACCCAAAGAAGAAGAACUACGAGAGGCUGCAGAAAGCCCUGGACAGCGUCAUGUCCAUCCGAGAGAUGACCCAGGGCUCCUAUCUGGAGAUCAAGAAGCAGAUGGAUAAGCUGGACCCUCUGGCCCACCCCCUGCUGCAGUGGAUCAUCUCCAGUAACAGGUCCCACAUCGUCAAGCUGCCCCUCAGUCGGCAACUCAAGUUCAUGCACACCUCCCACCAGUUCCUGCUCCUCAGCAGCCCUCCGGCCAAGGAGGCUCGCUUCCGCACGGCCAAGAAGCUGUACGGGAGCACCUUCGCCUUCCAUGGUUCCCAUAUAGAGAACUGGCACUCCGUUCUGAGAAAUGGACUAGUCAAUGCCUCUUAUACCAAACUGCAGCUGCACGGGGCAGCCUAUGGAAAGGGCAUCUAUCUCAGCCCGAUCUCCAGCAUUUCUUUUGGAUACUCAGGAAUGGGGAAAGGACAGCACCGCAUGCCCACCAAAGAUGAGUUGGUGCAGCGCUACAACCGCAUGAACACCAUCCCACAGAACGCUUCCUGUCAGCAGAGUCGCCCCAUUCAAUCAAGGUUCCUUCAGAGUCGAAACCUGAACUGCAUCGCUCUGUGUGAAGUGAUCACGUCUAAAGACCUGCAGAAGCACGGGAACAUCUGGGUGUGUCCCGUGUCUGACCAUGUCUGCACGCGCUUCUUCUUCGUGUACGAGGACGGCCAGGUGGGCGACGCCAACAUCAACACCCAGGAGCCCAAGGUCCAGAAGGAGAUCAUGCGUGUGAUCGGGACCCAGAUCUACUCUAGCUAAUGGAGAGCCUCACCCCCCACAACAAGCUCCUCCCCUUCUGGCCCUCAGGAGACCCACUGGUACCCCCACACACACGGACGGACGGACGGACAGCGUUCAGAUACAGCCUCAGCCUCAGUCCCAAAAGGCUGACAGCAAAUUUGUUUUUCGCAGAAACAAUAUAUCAGACUUGUUUUUCUUGUGGUUCUCCUCUUUUGUUGUUGUUUACCUCGCCUUGUGUUGUGAGAGCUCACUCAGCUGCAGUCAGCUGCCUUCAGGCUACGCGCGUCGUUUCUUUCUCUCUGUCCAAAAAACUGUUUUGCUGUUGCCUCAGACACUCGCAGUACAACCAGAGCCUCGGCGUGGGACAGAGUUUACACACGCACACACAUCCAGGUGGACGCACACAAACACACACAGACACUCACGGUGUGUGGACGUACAACAAACCUGUGGAAUGACACACAAAGGAAACGAUUCACGCAGUGGGCACAAGGUCUGCUCCUCGCUCAAACAUGUGUGCUCUCAAACACUGAAACACACGCACACACACACACCCACAACCCCCCCCCCCCCCACGCACACACACACAAAAAGCCUUUC